UUCGGCUAUUUCCGGAUGCGAAGGGCUGGACGGUGCCAGUCCUGCCAAAACACUCGUUACUGCUGUGGGAUAGACACCUUAACACCAGCAGGAUGAAUGGCCAGCUGGACCUGAGUGGAAAGCUGAUCAUUAAGGCUCAGCUGGGUGAUGACAUCCGUCGCAUCCCCAUCCACAAUGAGGACAUUACCUACGAUGAGCUCCUGCUCAUGAUGCAGCGUGUUUUCCGUGGCCAGCUCCAGAGCAGUGAUGAAGUCACCAUCAAGUACAAGGAUGAAGAUGAUGACCUCAUUACGAUAUUUGAUAGUUCUGAUCUGUCCUUUGCCAUCCAGUGCAGCAGAAUAUUGAAGCUCACUCUGUUUGUAAAUGGGCAGCCGCGUCCGCUGGAGUCGUCUCAGGUGAAGCACUUGCGCAAGGAGCUGAUCCAGUUAAGGAACAGAAUCAACAGCCUAUUGGACAGUCUAGAGCCACCUGCAGAGCCCGCACUGGAGAACAACAACCCACAGAUGGAAUGUGUGGAGACUGUCGAUGCUGCAGUGAAGCAGGCCCCUCCUGUUAGUGCUGCCAGCAUGUCUGCUUUUGACCCCCUGAAAAACCAGGAGGUCAGCAAGAAUGUCAUCUCAGCAUUUGGGUUGUCUGAUGAGCCCGCUCCAGCCCCAGCAGUAGCAGCAGCAGCUGUAGCGGAGGAGCGCUCUGGAACUCCUGACAGUAUUAACUCAACUUCCUCAGCUGCUCAUCCUUCUGCUGGUGCCACUCAGGGUGCCGCACCUUACUCAGGAGUCCAACAGCCUUCUGCUGCUACAGUGGAUGGUCAGAUGUAUCAGCAGUAUCAGGCUCCGGGUGGAUACCCCCCUCAGCAGUCAACCACUCCUCAGCAGCAGUAUGGCAUACAGUAUCCUGGUGGUUACACUACUCAGCCUGGUGGUCCUCAAGCCCCGCCCCCUCAACAACAGUUCCAGAAUUACCCCACCCCAACAUCUCAGGCUCAGGCUCAGGCUGCUGCUCCUGGCGCCGCUCCUGGAUUCAGUGGUCAACCACAGGGCAAUCCCCCUCAGGGAGCUGGCCAAUACCCACCCUCUCAGUUUCCACCUCAAAGCUAUGCUUCCCAGGCCCCCCAGCAACCAGCCAACUACAGCCUUCCACCCACUUCCCAAACUGGCCCGGGGUAUCAGCCUCGUCCUGCAUAUACCCAGCCUCCAGGUGUGACUCCACCCCCUGGGAGCUCCAAUCCCUAUGCCCGCAACCGCCCCCCAUACGGCCAGGGCUACGCCCAGCCCGGGCCCGGGUACCGGUAAAAUCUAGCAGCAGCACUCGGAGAACAAAUCAUAGUAACCCCAUAUCCUGCGUUUGGUGUGUGUGUGUGAAUGUGAAUGAAAGAAAUGAAGUGGUGUAUGAUUGCACAGUUGAGACCAAAUGGUGUAGGAGUUUGCAGGUGUAUGUUGAUCAGCUGUGUGAGGAAGACGCUGUGCAUGAAUGUGUGUUGGUGUGAGUAUGUGUUUUAUUUUAACUCUUUGUCUCCUCGCUGGUGUUUUUGUGUGUUAAAUCAGCUUUUUGUUAAAACACUAGAUUUAAUCACAGCUGAAGGAAAUGACAUAGUUUAGUUUUUCUUCCCCCAGUAUUCACCUUUUUGUCUUUUGCCUUCUGGUUUUUAGUAAUUCUUGACUGGUCCUCUGCAGUGGCACAAGUCAUUCUGUAUAAACUGUAACAUUUGUUUUCUGGAGGUAAAUAAAGACUAUGAGACUAAAA